AUGUCUUACAAAAUACCACAACGUCAAUUGGGUAAAAAUGGUCCAAAGGUAUCAGCUAUUGGAUUUGGAGCAAUGGGUUUAUCAGUAUCUUAUGGAAAAGUUGCUUCUGAUGAAGAACGUUUUAAAGUUCUUGAUCGUGCAAUUGAACUCGGAAGUACUUAUAUUGAUAGUGCUGAUAAAUACGGUGAUAAUGAAGAUUUACUUGGAAAAUACUUCAAAAAAUAUCCACAACAACGACAAAAGGUAAUCGAAAAUAUUUUAUUUUUAAUUCAAAAGUAUAACAAAAGUUUUGUUGUCGAACAGAUAUUUCUUGCAUCAAAAUUCGCAGGUGUUAUUUCUCCAGAUGGGUCAUAUUCAGUUCGAGGUGAUGCUGAAUAUAUUCAUGAAGCAAUUGAAAGUAGUCUUAGCCGUCUUCAAGUUCCAUAUAUUGAUCUUUAUUAUGUUCAUCGAAUUGAUCCAAAAGUUCCAAUUGAAGAAACAAUGACUGCAUUAAAAGAACUUGUUCAACAAGGAAAAAUCAAAUAUAUUGGUUUAUCAGAAUGUUCAAGUGAUACAAUUCGACGUGCAUAUGCAAUACAUCCAGUAUCUGCUGUACAAAUUGAAUAUUCUCCUUUCAGUUUAGAUAUUGAAAAAGAAGAAAUUGGUGUUUUAAAAACGUGUCGACAAUUUGGAAUAGCAAUUGUUUGUUAUUCUCCGUUAGGACGUGGAAUGCUUACUGGACAAUAUAAAAGUCCUGAUGAUUUUGAAACAAAUGAUAGUCGAAGAUUAUUUCCAAGAUUUUCAAAAGACAAUUUUCCAAAAAAUCUUCAAUUGGUUGAAACAUUUAAAAAACUUGCUGAUAAAAAAGGUUAUACAUCGGGACAAUUAUCAUUAGCUUGGAUACUUGCUCAAGGUGAAGAUUUUUUUGUUAUACCAGGAACAACGAAAAUCAAAAAUUUAGAAGAAAAUGUUGGUACAGCUGAAAUUGAAUUAACUCAAGAAGAAAUAGAACAACUUCGACAAGCUUGUCAACAUGCUGAUAUAGCUGGAGAUCGAUAUCCAGAAAUAUUUAAUCUUUAUCCAUUCGGCAAAUCAGCUCCUCUUAAAAACUAA